UUGAACUUCUUAUCUCCAAGGACACCUAAUAGUGAGAAAUCUAGAGAGAGAAUGGGUGUUGAAGAAACAGAGAGAGGUAGCUUCUUUUACAAAGAUGUAUUACCAUUUGCAGCAAUGGUGUUGGUGGAAUUGAUGGUUGUUAGUGGCAACACACUCUAUAAAUCAGCAUCUGCUAAUGGAAUCAACUCUUAUGUCUUCACCUUCUAUGUCUUCUUCAUCGGCUUCAUUUUCAUCUUACCUCUCCCUUUCAUCCUCCACAGAAGAACAAGCGUUCCAGUUCCACCCAUCAAUUUCUCGAUUGUUGGGAAAAUAUUCAUGCUUAGUGUCCUCAUGUAUUUGUCUCAAAUUUUCGGAUAUAUUGGUCUGAAAUACAGUUCUCCGACUCUAUCCUCGAUCAUGAGCAACCUCUCACCUGCGUUUACCUUCAUUCUUGCCUUCUUCUUCAGGAUGGAAUCGAUAGAUUUCCGAAGCUAUACAAGUCAAGCGAAAAUCAUAGGAACAAUAGUGUCGAUAUCAGGAGCAAUUAUAGCGACAGUUUACAGUGGUCCUUCAGUUUUAUCAAACCCGAUUAGCAUAAACUGGAUUGUCGGAGGAAUUUUACUCGCAAGUCAAUAUUUUUUACUUGCCUUCGCUCUGGUUGCCCAGGCGAAGAUAAUGAAAGAGUAUCCGGUGGACGUGAUGGUGGUGUUCGUAUUCGGGAUAAGCGGAUUGUUUGUAGCAGGGGUUGCGGGAUUAGUGAUGGCACAAGAUUUAGAUGCUUGGAAACUACAACCUAAUCUUCUUUUGGUCACUAUACUAUAUAUGGGGUUUUCUUCUGGAUUCUUGAAUGUUGUGAUACAAAUCUGGACGCUGCGAUUGAAAGGCCCUGUGUACGUGGCGAUGUUCAAGCCGUUAACGAUUGUGAUAGCGAUUGUUAUGGGCGUCUUGUUUCUCGGUGAUUUGCUACAUCUCGGAAGUGUUAUGGGGGGCAUUAUAAUAACAGUAGGGUUUUAUGGAGUGGUAUGGGGAAAAGCCAAAGAGGAAUCUCCAUCGUCCAUUCAAAUCACCGCUCCUUUGCUCCAACCACAUCACAAUCUUGAACAGGGUCCAUGCAUUCAUUAACUUCUUAUUAAAGAAAAAAAAUCAAGAUUGCAGUGUAUAUAUUUGUAAAAUAAUUUAGGGUUUAGAUUCCAAUCCUGUAUUCAUUUUAAGCCUUUCAGAUAUAGUUUUUUUUUUUUUUUUUUUUUUUUUUUUUUUUUUUUUUUUUUUGAAUUUAGCGUUUAGAUUCCAAUCCGGGAUAUAUUUUACUAGUUUGUAUCCUUUUGUGAGACGAAUGUUAAAAAUUAACAAUUGACAUGAAGACCAUCUUCAAGCGACCCGGUUUUGUAAUUUAAUCGAUGAAAGAUAAAUAUGUGAAAGGAUAAUAUUUGAUUAUAUAAUAGACAAAAUUUCACAAA